CCAGACGGGAAGUACCACAUGACGAGUGAAGGGGAACUUCACGUGCUGGAAGUUGGUCCUCAAGAUGGGCUCUCAAGGUUCCAGUGUCGGACCCUCCACCAGCUGACUGGCAGCAGCCAGCUGUCUCGAACCCCGGCCAGGAUCAUCAUCACAGAGGCACAAGGGUCAGUGCCACCGAGGAUGAGCGAGCGAGCAGGUCGUGUGGUGGCCCCAGCCGGUGCCAGAGUGACCCUCCCCUGUGUGGCCCAGGGCCACCCUCCCCCACACUAUACGUGGUACCGGGGUUCGAGACCCGUGGGGGGCAGCAGCGGGGUGUGGAUGGUGGGGGGGUCGCUAGUACUGGGGCGGGUGGGGGUGGAGGACACCGCCCAGUACACCUGUGUGGCCAACAACACCGCUGGUGAGACCCGGUACUCCGCUCACCUGUUGGUCACCUUGCCCGUCUCUGUCCAGGUGACGCCGAGGGAGGUGCAGGUGGACGCGGGGGGGAGGCUGGAGCUGAGGUGCCACGUCUCAGGUGAACCCGUCGACACCGUCACCUGGUACAAGGACGGCACCGUGCUGAGGUCAGGGGGGCGGGUCACCAUCAGGCCGCGGGAGUCACUACAUGUGUCACCAGUUCACGCCUCCGACGCCGGCGUCUACCAGUGCGCAGCCACCUACGCGCAGGACUACGCCCACGCCCAGGCCUACGUCACGCUCGGAGCUGCGGCGCCACAGCUGGUGUACCGCUUCAUCGAGCAGACGCUGCAGCCAGGACCAGCUGUCUCCCUCAAGUGUAUAGCCACGGGCACCCCCACACCCCACAUUACCUGGGUGUUGGACGGCUUCCCCAUCCCACCCUCCCACAGGUACGUGAAGGGGCAGUACGUGUCAGCGCACGGGGAGGUGAUCAGCCACGUCAACAUCAGCACGGUGCACGUGACGGACGGCGGCACGUACAGGUGCACGGCUGAGAACAGCGCCGGCAGCGUGGUGCACUCGGCACGCCUCAACGUGUACGGCCCGCCGCACGUGCGGCCCAUGGGCCAGGUGUCGGCCGUGGCCGGGGAGACCUUCCUCGUCACGUGCCCCGUGUCCGGCCACCCCGUGCACAAGAUCACCUGGAAGAAAGACGGGGUCCGGCUGCCCACCACCCACCGACAGAGGGUACACGCCAACGGGACGCUGGUGGUGGAGCAGGUCACCCGCGGCACUGACGACGGCCAGUACUCCUGCACCGCCUCCACCAGGCAGGGCCUCUCCGACACCCAGCACCUCACCGUCCGUGUCAUGGUGGCGCCGGCCGUUCUGCCUUUCAUCUUCGAGGACAAGUUGCAGGCGGGUGAGCGCGCGGGCGCGGCCUGCAUCGUCAGCAAGGGAGACCCGCCCAUCACCUUCACCUGGGAGAAGGACGGCCGCCCCGUGCAGGAGAUCGGCGGCAUCUCCGUGUCGGUGGUGAACCCGUUCUCCAACGCCCUCAUGAUCAACACCCUCACCGCAGCCCACUCGGGCGAGUACACCUGCCGAGCCUCCAACCACUGGGCCGAGGCCACCUUCUCCGCCGCCCUCGCCGUCAAUGUGCCCCCUGCCUGGGUGGUGGAGCCAGCCAGUGCCAGUGUGGCCCUCGGGGGCACCGUAGCCCUCCACUGCCUGGCGAAGGGCUUCCCCAACCCCACCAUCGCCUGGCGCAAGGAAACAGUGUCGGGAGAGUUCGUGGGCGUGGCCACGGGUGAAGGGGGCGUGGCCGGGUGGGAGAACGGGACCCUGGCGGUAAGUCGGGCGGACCACCGCCACGAGGGCCGCUACUUGUGUGAGGCCAACAACGGUGUCGGCGCCGGACUCUCCAAGGUCAUCACUCUCAGCGUCAACGAGCCUCCGUGGUUCGGGGUGAGGAGCCAGCGGCAGCAGGUGGAGGUGGGAGGCACCGCCACUCUCACCUGUGAGGCGCAUGGUGACGCUCCCCUGGCCCUCACCUGGACCAGGGGCGCCGCCCCCCUGCCUCCCAUCCCUAGGUACGAGGUGUCGGAGCGGCAGGUGGAGACGGGCCAGGUGUCGGAACUGGUGGUCAGGUCGUCCCACCUCAGUGACUCCGGGACCUAUGUGUGUACCGCCACCAACACCCACGGCGCCCUCACAGCCGACUUCCACCUCCUCGUCCAAGACGUGCCUGACCCCCCCUCUGGAGUGACGGUGGUGGAGGAGGGGUCACGUCACCUCACACUCACCUGGACGCCCCCCCAGGACUCCAACGCCCCCAUCACCGCCUACCUCGUCACCUUCGACGCCCAGCAGUCCCCUGGUGGUCCUCGAGAGGUGACGGUGGAGGGGGAGCAGCAGAAGGUGCGGCUGGAGGGUCUCCUGCCCGCCACAACCUACACCCUGACGCUGGUGGCUGAGAAUCGUGUGGGGCGUAGUCAGCCGUCAGCCCCUCUACGUGUCAGCACGCAGGAGGAGCCCCCGUCAGCCAGCCCCCAGAACGUUAUUGUGUUGGCGAUGUCGUCGACGGCGCUACAGGUGUCCUGGGACCCCCCACCCCACAACCUCACCCACGGAGAGGUCCUCGGCUACUACCUGGGCUUCAAGGACGCCAGCGAGGGUGAGGGCGGGGCGUACAACUUCACGACGGUGGGCGUGGAUGGAGUGGGCGUGACCAGCGCCACCCUGGCCGGCCUCCGCCCGCACGCCCGCUACGCCGUGGUCCUUCAGGCCUUCAACUCCAAGGGCGCCGGACCCGCCUCCCCGCCCGCCCUCGCCACCACGCUGGAGGACAAGCCGAGUUCGCCGCCUGGUCACGUGACGUGUGAGAGUGUGACGUCAUCAAGUGUGGUGGUGACGUGGGCGCCGCCCCCCCCACGUCACAGGAACGGUGUCGUCAUCAACUACCGUGUUUAUUACGUUCACGUCUCCCCCCACGGUGGAGGCCGGAGUGGCAGCGUGGUGUCGGAGGGCCAGAGGGCCACCCUGGGGGGACUCGCCCCCUGGACCAACUACUCCCUCACCGUCGCCGCCGCCACCAGGGCAGGCGAAGGCAUCCAGUCCCACGCCAUCGUCUGUACCACCGACCAGGACGUGCCAGAGGCGCCGGCCCGCGUGAAGGCGGUGGUGUCGGGUCCAAGGGCGGCCGUGAUCUCGUGGGCGCCGCCCACACGCCCACAUGGGCGUAUCAGCCGCUACACUGUGCACUGGGAGCCGGCUGGUGGGCGGGGCGGCCCCCACAGCCGGCGUGUGGAGCCCCACCUCACCCACCUCACCCUUCAUGACCUGCCCCACACCACACACCAGGUCUGGGUGACAGCGUCGACAAGGAUGGGGGAAGGUCCGUCGAGCAGCGUCACUGUGGUGAAGCCCACGCACACAGUGCCCGCGGGCGUGUGGGCGGUGGGCGGGAACGUGACGGCGGCGUGGAAGGAGGACGUGAGUCUGGCGUGUGGAGCCGUGGGCGUACCGGAGCCCACACUAACCUGGACCCACCAGAAGACUCCCAUCCCGGACCCCCACGACAGGUUCCGGGUACAGCCUGACGGGACGCUGACCCUGGCUGACGUCCAGCGAGCUGACAGCGGCCGCUACACCUGCACUGCCACCAACCACCACGGCAGCGACACCGUCACCUACAACCUCACCGUCCUAGUGCCUCCGUCAGCGCCGUCACUGCACGUCACAGAGACCACGUCCUCCUCCAUCAGGGUCCAGUGGAGUGUUGAGGACAACGGGGGCGCCGCCCUCCAGGGAGCCACCCUCCACUACAGGUCUGCUGGCGGGGAGUGGGUUCGAGCAGCGGUGGACGGGGAGCAGCGGUCCUACACAGCCAGAGAUCUCCGCUGUGGGACGCUACACCACUUCUACCUCACUGCCCACAACCACAUUGGCACGAGUUCGGUGUCGUCGACGGAAGCGGCCCGCACCAAAGGUCGUCCUCCAGAGGCGCCGCCACAGUUCCAGUUCGUGACGACCAACAGCUCGCAGGCGACGCUGUACCUGGCCCAGUGGGGCGACGGCGGCUGCCCCAUCACCCACUUCAGCGUCCAGUACCGCCGGGACAUCACCGCCCACUGGACCACAGUGGGGAGUGAGGUGCCGCCCAGCCGAACCUUCGCUGUGGGCGGCCUGGAGGCGGGCGGCCGUUACCAGCUGAGAGUCACCGCCCACAACUCUGCUGGAGCCACGCCCGCCCAGUACACCGUCACCACGCCCGCCUACGCCCACACAGGAGGCGCGGGUGCGGGCGCGGGCGGGGGCGUGUGGGGCAGCCAGGCCUCCAGCGGUCCGGUGUGGCGGGACCCGCGGGUGGUGGUGCCGGGAGCCGUGUCGGGUCUGGCGCUCCUCCUCACCCUCACCACCGUCUGCGUCUGCCUCAGGAAGCGUCCCGUCAGCACACUGUCGCAGAAGGAGGUUCCUGAGGCAGCGACGGACGCGGGCGAGGAGAAGGCGUCGGCUAUGCAGGCGAGGGACGACGUGUACACGACCGUCAGGAGGCCGGCACCGACGCCUCCCCAGCAGCAGCAGCAGCAGGACCUCAGAGACAACACCGGAGAGUACAGCGAGGAGGACCUCUACCCUUACGCCACAGCGACCUUCCAGAUGGGCGGGGGCAGCCCUCCACCUCCCGCCCCGCCCUCACCGCCCACACACGCCCUCCACCCACAACCUCGCGGCCAGAAGGCUUUCACCGCCCUUGUAUACCAGGCGCCUUCCCUUCAUGACGUUGAUUCCCCUAACUUAAGCGAGGUGGAGAGUCGGAGUUCGGGGGUCGGGGUGCCGUACGAGACGUGUCGGGCCGAACACUACGGGGGGGUGAUGACCCCUCAUGACGAUCUCCCCCACCCGCCCCCCAAUCACCGCCGCCCCCCCAGACACCUCAGGACCAGAUCCCCCGCAACGUUCGCUUCCCCUAAGACGCGGCGGCUCCAGUCCCAGCACCUCAAGCAGCCGGAGGAGCAGCAGCAGCAGCAGCAAAAUGGUCAACAGCAUUACCAGCAGCCUCUGCAGCACCAACACUACCAGAAUCAGCAAGUGAACCCUUACCAACAGCAUCAAGAGCAGCAACCUUCCUAUCAACAGCAUUACCAGCAGCCUCAACAGAAACUACAGAAAAAGCAACAGAAGGUCUACUUGCAGCAUCAGGAGCAACAGGAGGAGCAACAACACUAUCAACAGCCCAAGAGAAAAAAGCAGCCGCAACCAUACCACCUCCACCAGGAACAGCAUUACCAGCAACCCCAGCAGCAGCAGCAGCAGCAGCAGCAGGCCCUUCAACCCUCAUGUUACACCAGGCAGGUGUGAGGCAGUAGAAUGGCACGAGACGUGUAGCAUCGGCAGAGUGGGAGUGGCAGCUGGGUGAUGGCAGCGUGGAGACAACAGCAUGGUGAUGGCAGCGUGGGGAAGGCAGCGUGGAGAUCUGACCCUGGGCAAGGUGGCGGCUACUAUGGGUACCUUCUCUCCCUCCAGACUGGUCAUCAGCCACUGUUCGACAACAGCAAGAUCGAGGCCUAUAAGAAGAACAAUGAACAGCCUGUGUGAACACCACACCAGAGCCGCCAGUGGUGCCAGAAGAGCGACUCAGCAGGAGAAGGGAACCGAAGACAUUGUACCCAAGAUUAAGAAGUUCACGUUCUUCCUUGAGACGAAGACUUAAAGGCUGAUGUCUUUGGCUGUGGGCGUUCGACCCCCAGAAGAACGACGAUGAUUCUACCCACACUCAGACAACCCUGUCCUCCCACUUGAUGCGUCACAUUUGUAACGGAAUCGACUAAUUCGUUAAGAAUGCGACGAUUUAGUACAAAUUAUAAGGCGACCGUAAGAUCAAAUGUUUUGAAAUGCAUCGGCCUUGAUAGGGUAAAUGGAUUGUUUUAGAGGUCAUACGUGUCGGGUUUGGCAAAAACAGUUGCAUUUGUUACGUUGUGGAGAGGAUUCACAGAAUCUUGUGAGGGAAGGUUGCCAAAAGUGAUAAAAUACAAUUGUAUUCAUAUUUGCUAAAAAAAAACGAAAAAUGCAUAAUUCUAGAAUCUACGUGUUUUCACCGUACAUAGUAAAUGGUGUAGAGGUGAGUGUUGUUAAUUGUGAAUAAGAGAGGGGCUUAAAAUUGAGGCUGCCCUGUUGCUCCAAGUGACCUCUGACCUGCUGCCCAGUGACCUUCACCAUGUCACAGUUGUUGCUCGGGUUGCCCACAACCCAAGGCGUUCAUCCCACGUGUGAGUGUGUGUGUCCAAAAUUAUAUUACAAUUGACCUAAAAAAAACAUUUCACGGGUGGGUUAUUAACUCCACAAGUAUACUUCAAUUUAGGUCUGGGCUGUGCUCAGGCCUAAACGAAACAUCGAAAAGCCAUGUACACUUCUGAGUGUAUAUAUCAGCCCUUCCCCCCGUUUAUAUAGUAUUUAUAUUAACGAUAUGGACUAUGGUACAUAUAGCGAUAUAAUAGACAAUUGAUAGAACUUGGUACUAUUGAAUUUCGACAAACAGGAAAAGGUUUUGUAUUUGUUGCCAAUAAAACCUAACCAUCCUAGGCCUAAUGCACGGGGCUAUAUUAUAUGUUAUAUAAUAUAUAACAUGUGUUAUAUAUUAGGUCAGAGACCUAAUAUAUAACAUAACACUUGUACUAUACUAAGCCUAAGAAUAUUUAAUUUUGGUUUUUAGCUUUCUAUUAUUCCCCCCCCCCCCCCCCCCAAGACUCUUAAUGUAAACAGUACCAAAUUCUGUUUGUCCAUUACGUCAAAAGUCCGAUGGUCUACAUAGUUACAAAAACUAGUAUAGAAACAGGAGGAUGGAGUUGAUAAAUAUACGUGUUUUGCAGCAUAUAUACAUAUGUAUAUAUUUAUAUAGUCAUGUAUACAUUAUUAAAACAAAGCAUACAUGCCAACAUGUGCUUCCCGGCGGGUACAGUAUCAAAGAGUAACGUUGGCAAUCUUGGCAACGUUUAAUCGUUGAAAUGAACGGCGUUGCUCUUGGCUAUUGUGUCCUCAGGGUUGAGUCUCCUCGCAUCUACCAUCCCCCAGCAAGCUUAGUGUUGUGGCUCAACGUGAAUUUUGAACCUGUGUAUAUAUAUUUUGUAUCAAUAAUGGACCAAAUUACCAAUGGAAAAGAACUCUUUUAAAUGUUCCAUGUCUUGAUUGUUGUUUUUUAAAUGUAUAUCUUCCCUAACGGGCUAAAUAAUCGAAUAUUUAA